GUGAGACAUUGUUUGUUUACUUUCACAAAGCCUUACAAAAAAAGUGCGUAAAAAUGCACGAAUUCACGGAUUUCGAGAAAGAAAUCUACAUGGCCGGACAGGACAAUCACGAAACAAUGUACGACAGUGAAGAAGGGGAAUGUUAUGAUUUAAAUUCCGAAAAUAAUCUUUUAGAUACUGAGGAAGCCAGCGAGACUGAGUUGUUCAGCAAUGGACCCGAUCAGCCGAUGGAAAUUAAGGAGCAAAUGUACCAAGACAAGUUGGAAAAUCUAAAAAAGCAACUGGAAGACCUCAAAAACGGAUCACACCCAGAAUACUUGAAACGCAUCAAAAAACUGGAGCAGCAGUACAAGGAACGAAUCCGUCUAAACGAAAUUUAUCGCGAUUAUUUGGUAAAUUGCGUCGAACGUGACUACAUUCUCGAGAAAAAUGCCGCCGUGAAGGAGUACGAGGAGAAAAAGACAGAUUUGCGCGAGAAUUUGCUGAGUGACAUGGAAGAUAAGCGGAAACAAAUCGAUAUUGAACGCAAUAACAUGGAGCUCAAUUGCGACACGAUCGAUAUCAAGCCCGCCGUGACGCGAAAACUCCGAAGACGUCCCAACGAACCGGUGCCUGUGGUGGAAAAACGUCGAAAAAACACACCCGGAGCCCUCGUACUGCAGCUCGAAGACAAGGAAAUUGACAGUGAUCUCAAGAUGAUAAGUCGCUCGAAGGUGAUGACGCCAAUUAAGCAACCGUGCUACAACAUGAACGGCAACAACGCCAACAACUAUGCCAUGGAUGUAUUUACCGAAGCCAAAAUCGAGGAUGGCAAGUUGUUGUACGAGAAGCGUUGGUAUCACCGCGGGCAGCCAAUUUUCGUCGAAGGCAAGGAAUAUCCGCGAUUUGCCGCAACAAUUUCCGCCAUCGGCAACGAGACAAUUUGGGUAAAACGAUGCUCGGACAACAACAAAGUCCGUAUUAUGACCAUGCAACUGAGUCGCGGCAAGAUUUCCAUUAAACGACGAGCUAAUUAA